GAAAAUGAGUCGAACGCAGAUGUGCCCUUUGAAUCUUGGAUAACGAGAUAACGGACUCUUAAAAGACACGCCGCAUUUCGAGCACCGAUCGGAAUGCUGCCGAUGGCCGCCGCCGCCGCCGCCAACAACGUCGCCAGAUGCGGCGGCAUCCUCCUCCUCUCCACCUGCCGCCGCCGCCAGCUCCUCCGGCGGCCGCUGGUCCUCUCCCCAGCGGCGACGGCCAAGGGCGGCGCGCUCUUCGCGUCGAGAGGCGGAGGAGGCGCGCUGCGGAUCUGCACGGCUUCGAGCGCGAGCGCGAAUGGCGUGGAGGUCGCGGCCGCCGCGAGCUCCUCUGAUCCGGCGACGGAGGUGAAGGAAGCGGAGGCGGAGGCGGAGGCGGAGGCGGAGCCGGAGUCGGAGGACGAGAGGAUGAGGAAGAUAGGGGAGGCGGCGAGCGUGCUGGACAUAAGAGUGGGGCAAGUGCUCAAAGCGUGGAGGCACGAGGAGGCCGACUCGCUGUACGUGGAAGAGGUGGACGUCGGCGAGCCUGAGCCGAGAAUCAUCUGCAGCGGCCUCGUCAAGUACGUCCCUCUCCAAGAGCUUCAGGGCAGAAAUGUAGUUGUGCUAGCAAAUCUGAAGCCAAGGAAUAUGCGUGGAGUUAAAUCAAAUGGAAUGCUUCUGGCUGCUUCUGAUGCAUCUCAUGAAAAUGUCGAGCUUCUUUUGCCUCCUGAAGGCUCGAUGCCUGGUGAGAGAAUUUGGUUUGGCUCAGAAGAUGAAAAAGAAAAUCAACCUCCUCCUGCAACACCUAAUCAGGUUCAAAAGAAAAAGAUUUGGGAGUCAGUCCAGCCCCAUUUGAAGACCGAUGCUUCCUGUAAUGCUGUGCUCGGAGAUCACUUCAUGCGGACAUCUCUAGGUGCAGUAGUAUGCAAAUCUCUGAAGAAUGCCAAUAUAUCUGGACUGUGCAGAGGGUUGCCAUUUUUCGAAGGACAGAAUGAUUUUGAAUGAAGAUGCGAACUUGAUGCUGGCAAUGAUGAGGAAGCAAGAUGCUUCAAGCAGUCGGAUUUUGGCUUAUCGACUUUAGUUUGGGGGAUGAGGCAAUUUUUGUGGCAUUUUCCUGUGCUUAUUUCGUGUCAAUACAGGCUUUUUGACCAGUUUUUAUAGCACAAAAGUUCCUUAAGCUGCGACGGAAGACCCUCACAUUCGGGUGCUUACAUGUUCGAUGCUUUGACGGACUAGAACCUUCUCGAAUCCAAGGAAAUGUCGCUGUAAA